GGUUGUGGAAAUCUAAAUAGUGGUGAAGGGAAAGGAAAUGAUGACGACGCAGGAGGAAACGGAAGCCCAACGAGACCUAGAACAAGCGAUGUUCUCGUGGUUGACGAAAAUUACAAAGAAAAUGAAUUGUCUUUGUCUUUGUUUCACUGCCACAUACUCGGUGCGGACAUCGACGAGGGCGCACUCGCACGGGCGAAAAGAUUCUUCAAGGAAGACCAACAACUUGUUGCCGCCGAAAAGAAGAGGAAGAAAGCACAAGGGGGGAAAAAUAGUCGCGUCGGUGAAAUGGCUAUGCCUGACAAAAAUAUUGAGGGCGAAGCGGCAGGCGCAGGACGCGUUUCCCAUCGGUUAGUGCGGCCGGAUCAUGAAGAUUACGCUGCCUGCUAUCCUUCAGAAACUACAGCGUCCGGUAGGACUACCGUGGAGUGGCGCUGCUGUGACCUCGGAGCCGCCGAAAGUGAAGGGGCUGUAUUGGAGUGUUUGAGGUGGAAGCACAAGCUCACGCAGGCAUCGUGUGUAGAAGAAGAAGUUGGAACCAACUUACUGGAUCACGUUCCGGAAGAAUCAAAUACUGACCAGGACGACAAAAAGUAUGAAAUCGACGGCGAAAGAACCAAGACCCAGACCCCGGAAAAUAACAUUACGAACGGGAGCGACAGUUUAUUUAUGUCCACGACUUGUUCAUCUGCCUCAGACUGUGGAGAAAGUAGCUCCGGAACUUUCUUCGACAUCACCUUUGACAAGGGUACCCUGGAUUACUUCCUCACCGAGGAGAUUCCAGUUCUUGCGAACUACCUGCGAAACACGGCGAGUUUAACAACCGAGUUCUACGUUUUGGUAAGUUUUCGCGACGAAACUUUGUUACGAGACAUUGUGGAACUAACGCAGCAGUUUCGGCUUUGCUCCACGUACGGAUUUUUUACCCGUGGGGCUGGAGCUGAAGUUAAAAUUGUCCUCCGGCGGCGGAAAGAAAAAGUAUCAGAAGGAAAAGUGGGGUCCCACGAUAUAGUGCGAAGAGAGCUUUUGUGUGUGCAAAAAAUAAAAAAUUGAGUUUGAGUAUUUUUUGGAUAAGAACAAUACCAGGACAAAGCCGUGCGCGGAAAGGACCAUGACUUCGGGCCGGCGUGGAAAACGCAUGUUGCCACGGUUUUUGACAUCUUGGCUUCUGCAUUCUCACGUUUCACUUUGUCAAGAUGCAUGCACAUUUAUUUCCCGGAAAGUCAAGGAGCACAGCACGAGCACUAGGUAGCCGCAAGAAACGUUACCUGAACUGAAGAAACGUAUUGCAACAUCUUGUCAGACGACCUCGCUUUUCGCUUUUCCUUUGCAUAACAAAACGACGUGCAAUCUAGUGAAAUAAAGAAAGUUUCAGCUGCGGGCCCCGACACCAGUGACUCUACGCUACUGGCGGGUUUGGACAAAGAGAGCCAGCAGGUCUCGAACGACAACGACGCACCACCCCGGCGCCCAGAUUUCUCAUGUUUAGUUUUCGAAAAAGUGAAGACAACUCGAGCUGCAAUAUCAAAAGAGUUCGCGCGACGGUCUCCGACCCACGAGGCCACGCCGGGUUCAACAUCCCAAAAAUGCUUUGCUCAGCAGAAGGACAGCAGCGCAUUGGAGAAAGCUUUGACCAGCUGCCUCAACGAGUACUUCCGAAAGGGUGAAAACGCCCUGCACAGACGGGUCCGGGAGCAGGCUCUUCUCGUUGCAAGCUUGGACGAGGGGAAGAUUGUCGAUGACCGAGAAAAUGAAAACCCACGACAACUCGUCUCGCCCCGGUCUUCAGUGGGGAUGAUGAGGGUGGUGCGGGGUAGAAACUACAGCUCAAACGAGGACAAGACGGAGGCAGACGUGUCGAAACUCGUGGCCGGCGAGAAGAAUCGUAAUCCGGACUCGUCGCAGUGUCGUGACACUACAGAAGAGCAGCUAGUACCGAAUAUGUUGUUGACCACGACGAGUCCUACAAAUUCUUUUUCUUUCACUCCACUAACGCCAACACCACGGAAUAAUAAAUCUACCUCACCGCGCGAGCGAUUUGCUCCAGCCACGCCGAGGAGCAGCUGGAGCCACGACGUAUCGUUGUGCGAAUGCGAAGGUGAAAUAAAUACUCCAGAGGAAACUUCUGUGGAUUUUCACCCCAACCGCUACUGCUAUUCCCUUCCCGCCACGUACGAGCUCGCGAUUCCCAUGGAGCUGCGCAAAGAGUACUCCUACGCCGGGUUUCUCGAAGACCUGCAGGACAGCAUGCCAGGUUGUCGGGACAGGGGACUGAUGAGCCUCGCGGAAAUAGAGAACUUUCUGCGGGAAAACGAAUGACAGAGAUCGACUGCUGUACGAAUCAAGCGAAAGAAUAUUAAACUUGAUCUUACUUCAUAAUGAUAUAGCAUGAAUUGGACGACUGUCGCAUGAUCAUUUCGAUGUGCUGUUGCUCUUCAUGAACGACCUCUAGCGACAACUAAGUAAAGUAAGUAUACCGUUACCAGCAUUGACAUUUAAUACAGUUGUAACCGUACAACCAGCUCGAAGAACGACGGCUGCUCGUUGAUUUGUUGCACAAGCUCGAAUCGCAAAAACCUUGCGCGCCGCACCAGUAGCAGAAGAUAGAAGAAGCGGCGCCGGUAGUACUGCGGGG